GAAGGGAGGACGCGCGGGGCGAGGGGCGGCGGCAGACCUCGCGGGGCCCCAGCGGGAAGCGCGGGCGGCGGCGGGAUGAGCGCUCUGGGCGGCGGGGCGCGGCGCUAGGCGCCCGGCGGGGCGUCCCCAGGCUGCGACCCCGCGGGACCCUCCACUCCGCCCGCCGCCUCCGCAGCCCGCGCGCCGGAGCAUGAGUCCGGGCGGGAGCCCCACGGCCGCGGGCGGCGCCUAGGACGGCGAUCCGCGCCCUGGAGAACCCGCCGGCCGCCCGGCUCCACUACAGCUCCAGCCGCCUGCAGCGGGGCCCUCCUGAGGCCCCGAAGGAAGGGACCAUGAAAGUGAGGUCAGCCGGCGGCGACGGAGAUGCCUUGUGCGUUACGGAAGAGGACCUGGUGGGUGAUGACGAGGACAUGCCGAGCUUCCCGUGCACCCAGAAGGGCCGGCCAGGGCCCCGCUGCAGCCGCUGCCAGAAGAACUUGUCUUUGCACACAUCGGUGAGGAUUCUUUACCUCUUCCUGGCCCUGCUCCUGGUGGCUGUGGCUGUGUUGGCCUCUCUGGUUUUUAGAAAAGUGGACUCUCUCUCCGAAGACAUCUCCUUGACCCAGUCUAUUUAUGACAAGAAACUUGUGUUAAUGCAGAAAAAUCUCCAGGGCCUGGAUCCGAAAGCCCUGAACAACUGCUCUUUCUGCCAUGAAGCUGGGCAACUGGGGCCAGAGAUCCGAAAACUGCAGGAGGAGCUGGAGGGAAUUCAGAAGCUGCUUCUGGCUCAGGAGGUGCAGCUGGACCAGACCUUGCAGGCCCAGGAGGUGCUCUCCACCACCAGCAGGCAGAUCUCCCAGGAGAUGGGCAGUUGCUCCUUCUCCAUCCACCAGGUUAACCAGUCUCUGGGGCUCUUCCUGGCCCAGGUGAGAGGCUGGCAGGCCACCACAGCUGGCCUGGACCUCUCUCUGAAGGACCUCACCCAGGAAUGCUACGAUGUCAAGGCUGCAAUGCACCAGAUCAACUUCACCGUGGGGCAGACUUCCGAGUGGAUCCAUGGGAUCCAGCGGAAGACGGAUGAGGAGACCCUGACCCUCCAGAAGAUUGUCACCGACUGGCAGAACUACACCCGGCUCUUCAGUGGCCUGCGUACCACCUCCACCAAGACCGGAGAGGCAGUCAAGAACAUCCAGGCCACCCUGGGGGCCUCCUCACAGCGCAUCAGCCAGAACUCCGAGAGCAUGCAUGACCUGGUACUCCAGGUCAUGGGCUUGCAGCUGCAGCUGGAUAACAUCUCGUCCUUCCUGGACGACCACGAGGAGAACAUGCAUGAUCUUCAGUACCACACCCACUAUGCCCAGAACCGCACCGUGGAGAGGUUUGAGUCUCUGGAAGGACGCAUGGCUUCUCACGAGAUUGAAAUUGGCACCAUCUUCACCAACAUCAAUGCCACUGACAGCCACGUGCACAGCAUGCUCAAGUACCUGGAUGACGUGCGGCUCUCCUGCACGCUGGGCUUCCACACCCAUGCCGAGGAGCUCUACUACCUGAACAAGACUGUCUCCAUCAUGCUGGGCACCACAGACCUGCUCCGGGAGCGCUUCAGCCUGCUCAGUGCCCGGCUGGACCUCAACGUGCGGAACCUCUCCAUGAUCGUGGAGGAGAUGAAGACGGUGGACACGCAGCAUGGAGAAAUCCUUCGCAACGUCACCAUCCUACGAGGUGCCCCCGGCCCUCCAGGACCAAGAGGACUCAAAGGAGAUAUGGGCGUGAAAGGGCCUGUUGGCGGCAGAGGCCCAAAAGGAGACCCCGGCAGCUUGGGCCCCCCGGGAUCCCAGGGUCCUCAGGGGCAACCUGGAGAAGCCGGACCUGUGGGAGAGAGGGGCCCUGUUGGCCCUCGAGGGUUCCCAGGCCUCAAAGGCUCAAAGGGCAGCUUUGGAACAGGAGGGCCAAGAGGACAGCCAGGCCCAAAAGGGGACAUAGGGCCCCCAGGGCCAGAAGGGCCCCCAGGGUCUCCAGGGCCCUCAGGGCCUCAGGGAAAACCGGGGAUCGCAGGGAAGACAGGGUCACCAGGCCAGCGGGGAGCCAUGGGGCCUAAGGGUGAACCAGGGAUCCAGGGUCCCCCUGGUCUCCCUGGGCCUCCAGGCCCACCAGGAAGCCAGAGCUUCUACUGAGGAGGGCUGGGGUGGAGACACUGUCACACAGAAUGCCGGAGGGGCACCGAGCAGAUCCAGGCCCCAGAAAGGCUCACCUACAGACAGUUGUGGUCCUCUGAUUCCAACGAGGGGGUUCCCCAGGGCUGACCCUGCAGCUUUGGGCUCCCCCUUAGUAACUGUACCAUAGGAAAGCAGCCCCUACUCACACAUGCAUGCACACAUGCACACAAACGCAUGCACACACACACAUGCACACAAACGCAUGCACACACACACAUGUACACAUGCACACAUGCAUGCACACAUACACACAUACACAUGCAUGCACACGCACACAUGCAGAACAUCCAGGCACACACGCAUGCACGCAUACACAUGCAUGCACACACACAUGCACACAUAAACACACGUGCACAGUACACAUGCAGGCACAUAUGCACACACACACACAUGCGCACGCACAAACACACAUAUACACAUGCACAUACACAGAUUUUUCUGCUGGUCAGGUGGGCCAACUGGGUUUCCCUGGCUGGGCAGGAGGAGAGGGCAGAGGAAGACCCCCCUCUCCUGUGACUGAGCCUGCCAGGGAGGCAGCUACCUCGGGAGGAAGAUCUCACAUCUGUCUCUGGGCACCCAUGCUGACCAGCAGUUUCCCAGGGCUCCCCGGGGUUAAAAAGCCCCAAGGAAACCUUUGCGGGUGGGUGUUACUGCCAAAACUCCAGAGGCAAAGUGGACCUGGCAACCCCAGACCCUCCCCACAAGCAAGGGAACAGCACACCCGGGAGCUGUCCCUGUCUGUCACAGCACAGUGGGGCCACGAGGCCGACAUUCUCUGGCCUUGCACACAGCACCCCCUGAGAAGUUCAACAUUUAUUUCUUUACAUGUCCAGAAAAUUCCUCAAUUCAUCCUUGCCUCUGCCCUUCAGGAGCAGCCUGGAAGGAAUCCAAGCAGGAGUUUCAUCUGUACGGGGGCACUCUGUAGGCCCUGAAACAUUGGGCCUGAGUGGAGAUGGGAGACAGAGGCAGGCCAGAAGGUUCUCUCUGCACAGCUGCCUCCCUUGCUGUCCCUGAGGCUGGCCUGCCCCAUUCCCCAAGGGAGUUCCGCUGGAGUGGUGGGGAGGAACAAGCUGCAGAAGGGCCAACCCCUUGCAACAGGGCAGCUCUCACCUCCUGCACUCAGCUCUCCUGAUCACAGCUGUGUGCUGACAUUGUCCCACCAGGACCCACAAUGGCCCGAGCCCUCUUUUCAUGGGCAGCCAGCUGGGCUAGGAGUGGGAAGGGCCUGGACACCCACAGAGGCCCCCCGUGUCAUCACUCCUUGGCACCCACCAACUUCCGGCACACACUGGCAGAGCGGGGCGCUGGGAAGUCACCCCGCAGGGUGGAGGUCUCCUUUGACUACUUUGCUCUAAAGCUGCUUUGCCUUUAUGUUCAAACAGAUUCAGACCCCCCGUCCCACCCAGGGUGAGGGCAUAGAGUUUCUCCUUCCCAACACAGACCCAGAGAACAGCUCUUCCCUGCCCAAAGCCUUUCUGCACCUUCCUGACUGUCCUGGAUGUGCAACUGGUUUGCACCGCACACCCCUUGGCCAUGUAACUCUCCUGUCCACAUAUGAUAAUACCAUGCUGCAUAGUAUUACUGACUCAGUAAACAGCUAUUUCCAGGAGCGAGGUGUCUUUGAGUCCUUUCUGCCUGACUUGGGGGCAUGAUGCCUUCAGGGCUGCCCUCCAGGUGAGCCUCUGAAGGAGAACUAGUGACAAGGGUCCCCCAGAAAUUCGAUCUCACUGUGGAGUUGGGUCUAACCUCAUUUUCGAAACACUGAGUUCGGCCAGGGACCAAGAGUGUCUGAGGGAAUUACCUGGAGAGAGCAGGAACAGAGCGGGAAAUGGUAAGCCCCGUGCAUCUUGCAGCUUGGCCCUGGAGCUCUUUGGCUAAAACAAGAUUAGAAAACAGGGCAGGCCUGGACAUGUGAGUGACACCUCCUGCUUCUGGCUUUUGUCUCCAAGACAAGGAGAUAGAACAGGAAAGGAGGCAGAGACCAGGCCAGACCUGCCCCAAGGGGCCUGGCUUGGCAGGGUCUGCGGAUUACGGAAGAGGAUAGCUGGAUCCUCUGUGAGUCAGCACAGCAGCUUCACUUACUGGCAAAAUAAAUGUGACCUAGUGCAA